AUGGCUAAAAUUGACGAGCUUUAUGAGAAGACAUCAAACUCACAUGCAUACAUGAUAGCAAUGGUCCCUCAUCCGGCAUACAAGAUGGAUUAUUUUCAUAAUCAUUGGCCCUUAUACCUGCAGAGAGAUGCAGAGAAGGCACUGGAACAAAUUGUCCGUGAUUGCUCCUGCCUCACUUUCCGUGCCACUGAAAUCAGCUGCAGUUCCGUGAGCACUAUGAACAGCUCAAUGCUGUGGCAGAGACCAACAUUUUGGCGCAACCAAAGUCCCCUGUGA